UUUGUCCCCUCCCAGCCCUCCCUUGCUGAUGUACUGAUCCUUUCUCAUUCCUACAGUUGUAGCCAGAACACUAAUGACACCCAUGAUACAGACUCCAAAGUACAUUCCACCGUGUGCUUCCCUGUUCUGUGAUGCGGAGACGGGGAGCGCGCGCGCGCGCGUGUGUGUGUGUGUGUGUGUGUGUGUGUGGCGGUGGCUGGGAGGCUCAGGCUGCAGCAGGAACGGGAGACCUGCGCCGGGCACGGCAGUGGAUUUGGGAGUGGUUUCUGCUGUCCUCACUUGUUCUUCCUUUGACCGGCUCCAUCCGUGCAGGAGUCUCGUGGUUUGGAAUUAGCCCAGUUUCCUCCACGCAGCUGCCCUCUUUUUCCUUUUCUUGACACAAAGGAUUAACCCUGGAAAGCAAUCUUUACAGCAAACCACAAAGCUGCGGUGCUUCUUUGGAACCGAGUCUUGAUCCGGAGGCUGUGGUGCCCAGACCCCACGUGGCUGGGGCAUGGCAUGGCGGGAGGCAUGGGUGUCCUGCCUGUCGAGUUCCAGGGAUGGACAGCGGGAAUGCAUAUCCGUCCACGUGGGCCAAGCAGGGGUCCAGAUCGGCAAUGCCUGCUGGGAGCUCUUCUGCCUGGAGCACGGCAUCCAGGCCGAUGGCACUUUUGGCACGCAGGCCAGCAAGGUCCAGGACGACGACUCCUUCACCACCUUCUUCAGCGAGACCGGCAACGGGAAGCACGUGCCCCGGGCCGUCAUGGUCGAUCUGGAGCCCACCGUGGUGGAUGAGGUUCGGGCAGGAACCUACCGCCAGCUCUUCCAUCCAGAGCAGCUGAUCACAGGAAAAGAGGAUGCAGCUAACAACUACGCGCGCGGCCACUACACGGUGGGAAAGGAGAGCAUCGACCUGGUGCUGGACCGCAUUCGCAAACUGACAGAUGCCUGCUCAGGCCUGCAGGGCUUCCUCAUCUUCCACAGCUUCGGGGGCGGCACCGGCUCCGGCUUCACUUCUCUGCUGAUGGAACGCCUCUCCCUGGAUUACGGCAAGAAGUCUAAGCUGGAGUUCGCCAUCUACCCGGCCCCCCAGGUGUCCACGGCCGUGGUGGAGCCCUACAACUCCAUCCUGACCACGCACACAACCCUGGAGCACUCGGACUGCGCCUUCAUGGUCGACAACGAGGCCAUCUACGACAUCUGCCGCCGCAACCUAGACAUCGAGCGCCCGACGUACACCAACCUCAACCGCCUCAUCAGCCAGAUCGUGUCCUCCAUCACGGCCUCCCUGCGCUUCGACGGCGCCCUCAACGUGGAUCUCACCGAGUUCCAGACCAACCUGGUGCCCUACCCCCGCAUCCACUUCCCCCUGGUCACCUAUGCGCCCAUCAUCUCGGCCGAGAAGGCCUACCACGAGCAGCUGUCCGUGGCCGAGAUCACCAGCUCCUGCUUUGAGCCCAACAGCCAGAUGGUGAAGUGUGACCCCCGUCACGGCAAGUACAUGGCCUGCUGCAUGCUCUACCGGGGGGACGUGGUGCCCAAGGAUGUGAACGUCGCCAUUGCUGCCAUCAAGACCAAGAGGACCAUCCAGUUUGUCGACUGGUGUCCCACAGGCUUCAAGGUGGGCAUCAACUACCAGCCCCCCACGGUCGUCCCCGGGGGAGACCUGGCCAAGGUGCAGCGGGCCGUCUGCAUGCUGAGCAACACCACGGCCAUCGCCGAGGCCUGGGCCCGCCUGGACCACAAGUUCGACCUCAUGUACGCCAAGCGUGCCUUCGUGCACUGGUACGUCGGAGAGGGGAUGGAAGAAGGAGAAUUUUCCGAGGCCCGGGAGGACCUGGCUGCCCUGGAGAAGGAUUAUGAGGAAGUGGGGACUGAUUCUUUUGAAGAAGAAAACGAAGGGGAGGAAUUUUAAAUACAAACGUUCCUCGUG